CUAGAAAUGGAUCGCUACGGUGUUUCAAGACAUCCCUCCUCACUCUGGAUUCAAUUUGAAUGUGAAUAUGUUGUCCCAAAUGAUGGCUUUGUAUUGGCAGUUUGUGGCUCAAUCCCAGAACUUGGGAACUGGAAUGCCAGCGCCGCACUCAUAGCAGAUCAGCAUACUAAGGAUUCUGGGAAAUGGGUCGCUGGGAUCCACCUACCCACAAAUUCUACAUUUGCUUGGAAGUGGGUGGUUCUCCAGCGGCCAAAUUUCACUCCCUGUCGCUGGGAAGAAAUCCCGGACAGGGUAGCCGAACUUGGGGAACACAACGGGACAUUCCUGGCCCCUUGGAAUACAGAAAUGGCGUUUGACGUUAUCCCAUUCGCGAGGCCUAGGGGUAAUGAUAGUCUGUGGACGAAUGAUGAUGCCAAACAACUUCAGACACUGCUAAACUUGUUAUCCCAACAGACAAAUUGUGAAACUUCCAACCCAGAAGAACCAGAAGUACAACCCAAACAUCAACCAGUCUCGAUAUUAGGAAGAGGGAUUCUGGAUAUUGUCUUUUGGCUUCCUCGCUGUGUGGGGAGAAUGGCAGUAUCUGCAUUUGAGUUUAUUAAACAGAAACUUGUUGGCCUGUGGCAGGGUCUACACAAUUAAGAUGAUGUUGAAAGGGACUUGCGUACCCAAGGACAUAUCCCCGUCAAAAACUGAGUUCGAGAGUUGAUUUUCCAGUCAUUGGAAACUUAUGAUAACAUCUCCAAAGAAGGCAUUUAAACAGGGGAAAUACGAGAAACUUUCGAGAAAUGUACUUUUGUUGUCUCUCUACUCCAGAUACAUGUAUCCAAAUUUAUUCUCAUCCGCUUCAGUCGUUCCAGAGAUAUUACAGCCGGGCAUUGCAAUAAAUGUUCUAAGACCAACUACUAAAACUAUUAAACAUUUAUACAAUACUUGCCAGUGUUAUUACUGUAACGGAAAGGAAUUCGAGAGUAACCGAGAACCGAGUUAAACUGUACAAUUUCACCAAUCUAUUUCUGUUUAUGGACACAAGAAACCUAA